AUUACAAAACCGUGGGGAAGCUCAUUCUCGAAGAUGACACCGAGUUUGUAGGAUACAGUGUUGGGUACGAAGGGUGCAAAGAAGAAGAAAAAGCUACUGCAAAGAGGGAAGACACGAAAGGAAGUAAUUCGAACCAAGUGCUCGAAAAAAAAAAAUAUCUGAAGGAGGAUAUGUUAUUUAAGAAUAGUAAAAUUGAAAAUGAAGAUUAUAUAGUAACGGGAGAAGUUAUAUUCAACACAGCAAUGGUUGGAUACCCAGAAGCUUUAACGGACCCUAGUUACUUUGGACAGAUACUCGUAUUAACAUUCCCCUCAAUUGGAAAUUAUGGUGUGGAAAAAGUACAUCAUAAUAAUUUUGGAUUGGUGAAAAAUUUCGAAAGCAAUAAAAUACAAAUCCAAGGGUUAGUAAUAUGUGAGUACACAAAAAAGUCGUACCACUACAAUUCGUGCAUCACACUAAGUGAAUGGCUGAAGUUGUAUAAAGUGCCCUGUAUAGGUGGAAUAGAUACCAGAGCAUUAACAAAAAUUUUGAGAGAAAAAGGUAGCAUGUUAGGGAAAAUCGUCAUUUAUAAAAAUGCGAAAAAUGUAAAUAAGCUAUAUAAAGAAAUAAGCCUAUUUGACCCAGGACAGAUCGAUACCAUCAAAUAUGUAUGUAAUCACUUUAUUCGAGUUAUAAAAUUGGGGAAAGUAAAUUAUUACAACAAUUGUAAAAGUAAAGAAAAUUCGAAAGGGACAAAUGAUGCUAAUGAUUAUUCCCCAGAAGAACAAGAGAAGGAAAAUGGUAAUAAUAGCCUUACGAAAUGCAAUAGCUAUAAUUACCAAAGUGUUUCUUCAUUCGAAAAAAUGGACUCUAACAAAAAUUCAAAUGAGCAUUCGUUACUAAGGGACAAAAUGAACCUUUUGACCUCAUCAGAUGAGAAUAUUGACCAUUGUAGUAGCUACCAGGAGUAUUGCACCAAUGGGGGGAAGAAGGAUGCGUUUUUUAACCUACGUGGUGCAUGCGAAUAUGAUAAAUAUUUGAUAGACUUGGAGGAAAAUUCCUUCUUCCACGAUGGCAAUGUGGACGAGUAUGGCCACUACGACGUGGAGAUGAGUCUGCAAAGGAGUGGACUGAGUGAUGCCGGCAACGAGGAGUGUACCGCGAGCGGAAGAGGUGAGCGUAGUGCCCCGAAGGAUGAGGCAACGUUCAACCUUAAUAACGACUACUCUACGUACGUAAAAAAAAAACUAAACCAGGAGGAAUUUCUCAAGCUUGUGAACAAGAGAAAAUUCGACACGGAAAAAAUUAUCGUCGUUGUAGAUUGCGGGAUUAAAAAUAGUAUAAUAAAGAAUCUAAUGAAAAAUGGCAAAGACCUACCCUUGACGUAUAUCAUUGUGCCGUAUUACUACGACUAUAACAGCAUAGAUUACGACGCAGUUUUACUGUCUAACGGUCCAGGGGACCCAAAAAAAUGUGACUUUUUAAUUGAAACAUUGAAGAAAAGCUUACAAAAGAAUAAGCUCAUAUUUGGCAUUUGUUUAGGUAAUCAGCUACUGGGAAUUUCUCUUGGAUGCGAGACGUACAAAAUGAAGUACGGGAAUAGAGGGGUAAACCAACCCGUUAUCCAACUAGUAGAUAACAAAUGUUACAUAACGUCGCAAAAUCAUGGGUACUGUUUGAAGAAGAAAAGUAUAUUGAAAAGAAAGGAGCUAGCCAUUAGCUACGUCAACGCUAAUGACAAAUCGGUAGAAGGCAUUACCCACAAAAAUGGAAGAUUCUACAGUGUCCAGUUUCACCCUGAGGGAAAUAAUGGACCAGAAGAUACUUCCUUCCUUUUUAAAAAUUUCCUCAUAGAUAUGUUCAACAAAAAAAGAGAAUUUCGAGAACAUAUCGGACAUAACAUAAUUUACAUAAAAAAAAAAGUGCUUCUGCUGGGCAGCGGUGGACUAUGUAUAGGGCAAGCAGGAGAGUUCGAUUACUCAGGCACUCAGGCUAUUAAAAGUUUGAAAGAGUGUGGCAUCUAUGUAAUUUUAGUGAACCCCAAUAUUGCCACGGUGCAAACUUCCAAAGGGUUAGCCGAUAAGGUAUAUUUUUUACCCGUCAACUGCGAAUUUGUGGAAAAAAUUAUCAAAAAGGAAAAACCCGAUUUCAUUUUGUGCACCUUUGGUGGGCAAACCGCCCUGAAUUGUGCACUCAUGUUGGAGCAGAAAAAAAUUCUAAAAAAAAAUAAUUGCUUAGCUUUGGGGACAUCCCUAGAAUCCAUUUUGAUAACAGAAAAUAGGAGCAUGUUCGCAGAAAAGCUGCGAGAAAUUAAUGAAAUUAUAGCACCGUAUGGAAGUGCUAAAAAUGUAGAACAAGCCAUUGAAGUAGCUAACAAAAUUGGGUACCCCAUCUUAGUACGCACGACCUUCUCCCUAGGAGGACUAAACAGUAGCUUCAUAAAUAACGAAGAGGAGUUAGUCAAAAAGUGCAAAGAAAUAUUCCUGCAAACGGAUAAUGAAAUAUUUAUCGAUAAGUCAUUAAAAGGGUGGAAAGAAAUAGAAUACGAAUUGUUAAGAGAUAACAAAAACAAUUGUAUAGCAAUUUGUAACAUGGAAAAUAUAGACCCCUUAGGUAUCCACACAGGAGACAGCAUCGUCGUUGCUCCUUCUCAGACUCUGAGUAACUAUGAAUAUUAUAAGUUUCGCGAAAUAGCCCUUAAGGUUAUUACUCACUUGAACAUUAUUGGGGAAUGUAACAUUCAGUUCGGUAUUAACCCUAAAACGGGGGAGUACUGCAUUAUCGAGGUGAAUGCCAGACUGAGCAGAAGUUCAGCACUAGCGUCAAAGGCUACAGGGUACCCGUUAGCUUACAUAUCUGCUAAAAUAGCUCUUGGGUACGAUUUGAUUAGCUUAAAAAAUAGUAUCACGAAGAAAACUACUGCUUGUUUUGAGCCUUCCCUUGAUUACAUCACGACAAAAAUUCCAAGGUGGGACUUAAACAAAUUUGAGUUUGCCUCCAAAACGAUGAAUAGCAGUAUGAAAAGUGUAGGAGAAGUUAUGUCUAUAGGUAGGACCUUUGAAGAAUCUAUACAAAAAUCUCUCAGAUGUAUAGAUGAUAACUACCUAGGGUUCAGUAACACAUACUGUAUUGAUUGGGAUGAGGCCAAAAUUGUGGAUGAGUUGAAGAACCCAUCUCCAAAAAGGAUAGAUGCAAUUCACCAAGCUUUUCAUUUGAACAUCCCUAUGGAAAAAAUCCACGAACUGACCCAUAUAGACUACUGGUUUUUGCACAAGUUUUACAACAUUUUUAAUCUGCAGAAUAGGCUAAAAACGUUAUCGUUGGAGCAGCUCUCCUUUUAUGACUUGAAAUAUUUUAAGAAGCACGGAUUCAGUGACAAGCAAAUCGCUCAUUACCUCUCCUUUAACAAUCCGAAGGUUAAUGAAGCGGUUGUGAUGAGGUAUAGAGAAAGCAUAGGUCUACAUCCGCACAUAAAAGUUAUUGACACCCUAUCUGCUGAGUUCCCAGCGUUGACUAAUUAUUUGUAUUUGACUUACCAAGGUGUGGAGCAUGACGUGUUGCCUCUGAACAUGAAGAGGAAGAAGAAAUUGCCUUUAGGGAGUACCGGGAAAAAGGUGAAUAGGGCAGGAAACCGUGUGUACCCUCAUAUUUCUAUUGAGAUGCAGGAGAAGAAAGCGAUGAAACAGCUGCAGAUGGGUUAUGAUCAGAAUGGCUAUAGUGAGGCGUUUGGCAAUGAUGUAGAUGUGACUGUCAUGAGUAGAAAGGUAGAUGGAGCUGUAGGUCAGCACAACAAGAUGGUGAAUUCAUCCCCCUUUGAAGAUUCUAACAAGGAGGGUCCCUUUUCUACCGAUGAGGGAGCACAAAUGAAUGUACAUGCGAGUCCAUCCAAUCAACUGCUUAGUAAAGACGGGAAAGAGGAAAAGAGCAUAGGGUCAGACGAAACGAAUGUAUUUAGUGUGAAAAAUUAUACAAAUAAUGUUUCCUUCCCCAAUAGUCUUAACAUCGCGGGGAGUACAAUGGUAAAUAACAACCCCCAAAGUGCCACACAAGAAGGGCGAGACAGCAAACACACCAAAGAGUUCAGUGCAAAUAACACAAGCAAAGAUGAAUGCAGUAAGAAAUUGCAAAAUAGGGAAGUACUAAUGAACCACAAAAUAGACGACAUCUCGAAUAGAAGUUCGCACUCGACAAAUGAUCAGUUAUAUUUGGAAAACUUUAACACAUCGGAUGAAGAAAUGACGAACAAAAAUGGAGACGCGUAUUAUCUGUCCAAGAAGAAAAAGAAUUUCUCAGAUAGUAAGGAAGCAGGAAAUCUGUACUACUUAGUGGAUUCCGUGUACAAUAAUGAAUACAAAAUGAGCAAAAUGAAAGAGUUAAUUAAUAGCGAGUACACGGACAGUAAUGACAGUCUGCCUUGUGAGCAGCGUGGCUUUGUUGUGAAAUCGGGACAAAUGGGAGCACGAUUCGGGGCAACUUCCCCAGCUGAAGAUUCCAUUCCUAUGUACGUCCCGCGAUAUGCUGGCCGUAAGUCCAACGCGGUGAAAGAGGAAAGCGCCAAAGGGGACAAGCUCCAUCAUCAUAAAGCCGAAAGGGAAAGAAGCAAAGGAAGGGGCAGCAGCAAAGGAAGGGGCAGCAGCAAAGGAAGGGGCAGCAGCAAAGGAAGGGGCAGCAGCAAAGGAAGAAGUAGCAGCAAAGGAAGAAGUAGCAGCAAAAAGAGGGAGACCAAACUGAACAGCAAUGGCAUAAACUGUGAUGAUAGAAAUAGCGACUGCUUCUCCGAAUUGUCCUACUUGCGCAAUUGCACCAAAUCAAGUGAUGCAGAAAAUGACGACAUUGAUGAUGAUGAUGAUGCUUAUUACAAUGGGGUGGAUGACGUGUACACAUGCAGCACAGAUAAUGACCUCUUCGAUGACUAUGUAGAAUCGUACAACACUUUUUCCUCGAAGGAAUCAGAAGGAUCAUCCAUAUAUUCCGAAAAUGAAAACAUCUUUAGUGAAAAAUUUAACGAUAUCGGUUUUAAGAUAAUUCAUGAUAGGAAUGAAAAGGAGAAAGAAAAAAAUGUUUUAUUGUGUUAGUUAAACCACAAGGCAAUCCUGAUAAACUGCAACCCAGAAACGGUCAGUACAGACUACGACGAAAGUGACAGAUUGUACUUUGACGAAAUUACCACAGAAGUUAUCAAAUUUAUUUAUAACUUUGAAAAGAGCCACGGAGUUAUAAUAGCGUUCGGCGGACAGACAUCCAACAAUUUGGUUUUCAGCUUGUACAAAAAUAGUGUUAAUAUUUUAGGGACAAGUGCAAAGAGUGUAGACUGUUGCGAAAAUAGAAACAAAUUUUCCAACUUGUGUGAUUCUUUAAAAAUCGAUCAACCCAAAUGGAAUAAAUUUACCAAACUUUCGAAAGCUAUACAAUUUGCCAAUGAGGUGAAGUUCCCCGUUUUGGUGAGGCCGUCAUAUGUCCUCUCCGGUGCCGCCAUGAGAGUUGUAAACUGCUUUGAAGAAUUAAAAAAUUUUCUCAUGAAAGCGGCAAUCGUUAGUAAGGACAACCCUGUUGUUAUUUCUAAAUUUAUUGAAAAUGCGAAAGAAAUAGAAAUUGACUGUGUGAGCAAAAAUGGAAAAAUUAUCAACUACGCCAUUUCGGAGCAUGUCGAAAAUGCAGGUGUGCAUUCAGGAGAUGCUACUCUGAUACUUCCUGCACAAAAUAUUUACGUAGAAACACACAGAAAAAUAAAAAAAAUUUCGGAAAAAAUUUCCAAAUCGUUGAACAUUUCUGGACCGUUUAACAUUCAGUUCAUUUGCCACCAGAAUGAAAUAAAAAUUAUUGAAUGUAAUUUGAGGGCUUCUCGAACCUUUCCCUUCAUUUCGAAGGCUUUAAAUCUGAACUUUAUAGAUUUAGCUACCAGAAUUUUAAUGGGUUAUGACGUGAAGCCUAUUAAUAUAUCCCUCAUAGAUUUAGAAUACACUGCUGUGAAAUCUCCUAUAUUUUCCUUCAACCGACUGCACGGAUCGGAUUGCAUCUUGGGUGUAGAAAUGAAGUCCACCGGGGAAGUGGCAUGUUUUGGUCUCAACAAAUACGAAGCUUUGCUAAAGUCCUUGAUAGCUACUGGCAUGAAAUUGCCGAAAAAAUCUAUCCUCAUAAGUAUUAAAAAUUUAAACAAUAAGCUAGCCUUUGAAGAACCUUUCCAGCUGCUCUUCCUAAUGGGAUUUACCAUUUACGCAACCGAAGGAACGUACGAUUUUUAUUCAAAAUUUCUCGAAUCCUUUAACGUUACGAAGGCGUCGAAAUUUCAUCAGAGACUCAUCCGAGUGCAUAAUAAGAGCUCAGAAAAUUUGAUGCCAAACAUUACUGAUUUGAUCAUGAACCAUAAGGUCGAAAUGGUUAUCAACAUUACGGAUACGCUCAAAACGAAAGUCAGCUCCAACGGAUAUAAGAUAAGGCGCCUCGCUUCGGACUUCCAGGUGCCCCUGAUAACCAACAUGAAGCUGUCCUCGCUGUUUAUAGACUCCCUGUACAGGAAGUUCUCUCGCAGGAAGGAGAAGAAGCCCUUCUACACCAUUAAGAGCUACGACGAGUACAUAAGUUUGGUGUAG